AUGAUUCCCAAAUACUCAAUGAACCCCUGGCACUAUGUGAAUUAUGGUCCAGAAGCACCUAGAAUAGUAACAUCAGUUAUUGAAAUUCCUUAAGGCUCCUAAGCAAAGUAUGAGCUUGAUAAGGAGUCAGGUAUGCUCCGUUUAGAUAGAGUUCUCUUUUCAGCUGUUCAUUACCCCGCUAAUUAUGGUUUUAUUCCCUAAACCUACUGCGAUGAUAAAGAUCCUUUGGAUAUUUUAGUACUCUGCUCAAUUAACGUCGAGCCUCUUUGCUUAAUAGAAUCUAAAGUUAUUGGUGUUAUGCAUAUGAUUGAUGGAGGAGAGACUGAUGAUAAAAUUAUUUCUGUAGCUGCUCAUGAUGCUUCAGUAAAUCACUUUAAUGACAUCAGUGAGCUACCUCAACAUAUGUUAAUGCAAAUCAGAAGAUUCUUUGAAGACUAUAAGAAAUUAGAAAAGAAACAAGUCAUUGUUGAAGAAUUUUAAGGUAAAGAAAAGGCUUAUUAAGUAGUUGAAGAUUCAAUCAAAAUGUACAAAGAACAUUUCCCUCAACAUGAUGAUCCUAAGUUGUGA